AUGCAAACCUCUUCUUCAUCACCGUCGAGGCCAAGCUCAUCGCCGCUGGCAUCGACGCUGGCAUCAUCGCCGAGGGUGGUGCUGACCACCAAGGAGACGGGCAGGCUCCAGCAGCUGCCUCAUCGCCGAGCCCAAGCACCCACGGUGCUUCGGGUCCCCGCACUCGCUCCCGCGCUCAACGCGGCCCUCGCCGCACUGGCGCCCGCCACGACGUGGCGGACCAUGAUGACGACGAUGACGAGGGCGAUGGCGACGACCACGGCGCUCACCCAUCUUCCUCCUCUUCCUCUCUGCCUUCUUCCGCCACUCCGAGCGGAGGAGCGCAGGUGGCGUCCCGAGCCUCUGGCCUGCUGGAUCCCCGUGAUCCACAGGUUGACGCAGCCAUCCUCGCGUUCCUUACUCCGACGUCCUGACCGGGACCACCCGCUGCGGCUGGGCCAUCACCCGACAAUCGUGGCCGCUCCGGGUGUGCUUGCGCUGCGCCGCCUCCGCGGAGCGCUACAUCCGCAGCGGGCAAGGACCACGUCAGUCGCCUCAAGGCAGCAGCUCUCCUCGACCACCUGGUUGCCCACGGACACCGUCGACACGUUCAUGUCCCGCAUCACGGACAUCAACUCGCAGCUCCUCGCUGCCGGCGUGUCCAUCCCGGAGGACGACCUGCGCACCCUCGUCCGCAACGAACUCCCCGCAGAGUUUGAUGUGGCGAUGCGGUUCAUGGAGCGCGAGGACCCGCCGCCAUCGCUGUCCAAGAUGACGGCGGACCUCAUCCAGGAGGAGCGCCGCCUGCAUCGUCCCAAGAAGCGCACGCCCGUGCUCGCCAUCGGCGGGCCAAGCCCCGGCUCCUUCGCUGCAUCGCCGAUGCACGCUGGCACGUCGCCCUCCGACACGAGCGGUGGACCAUGCUGUCCACCUGCAGAGCGCGUGACUUGCGCGUUCUGCAACUUCCGCGGCCACUGCGCGCAGCAGUGCCGCAAGCUGCAGGCGGCCAAGCGCUACCACGUCAUCGACGUGCGGCAGAUCCUGGCUACGCUUCGCAACCACGGCAACGGCAACGGCAAGCGGCCAGGAUCCUCUCGCCCGCAGCACGGACGAGCAGCUCCAUUCAAGAAGGCGGCCGUCGUCAGCCACGGCCCUCAGCGCGUGGAGACCUUCGCCAUCCACCACGAUGCCCUCAUGCUGCAGCCCGAGGGCGAGGAGGAGGGCCACGCCAUCGGACCAGUGCCACCACAGCUGUGGCUCGCUGACAGCGGUGCCACGGCGCACAUCACCAGCGACGCCUCCCUCCUCACCAACUACGUCGCCGUCACGCAGCACGUCACCGUUGCCAACAGCCAGACCGUCACGGUCAUCGGCAAGGGCGACGCCGUGCUCCGCGUGACUGGCACAGACGGCGCUCCAGGCACCAUCACGCUGAAGAACGUGCUGCAUGUCCCCGACAUCAAGUACAACCUUCUGGCGCUGAACCUGGUGACUCGCGCGCGUCGUGGUGCUUCCGUCGUCAUUGCUGCGGAUGACAGCCGUAUCCAGUUUGCCACAUGGAGUGUGCCUCUGCUGCCGUCCAAGGACACCGGCCAUCUCUUCCUCUACGCCAGCACCACGACCUCCCAACAAGCCACGGCGCUUGCGGGGGAGCUCGUACACAGCAGCGAUGGGGAAGCCGAGGAUGCUGACGAGGGCGCCUCUGCACACGACGACAAGUCACCGUUCGAGGCCCUGACUGGGCACCCCUUCGACGUCAGCCUGCUGCGCGUCUUCAGCUCGCCGGCCUACGUGCAUGUGGAGAAGAGCAGCACGCGGCACAAGCUUGACCCACGCUCGCGCGUAGGCGUCUACGUCGGCUUCGCCGAGGAGGACCAGGCCCACGUCGUCUGGAUGCCGGACACGCGACGCGUUGUCCACACCAUCCACGCACGCUUCGGCGCCAUCAAGAACAAGGACGUCGCCUCCUCUCAGCAGCAACAAGAGCAGGACGACAGCGGUGCCUCUGCUUCGCAUGCCAACAAGACCGCUCAGCGUUCGACCGAGGACAGUGCCACCGGCGCUCCCACUGCACCACGUGCGGGGGAGCCGCAGCUCCAGCCACGCGCCCUUGGCGGCUCCGUCUGGGACCAGCUGCUGGUGUCCGAGACCCUCGGCGACAAGGACACCUCUGGUGGCUCAACCACCACGUGUCACGUUGCCACCGGCGCUGCUGGUACGGGGGAGAAGACAUCAGCAGUGGGUGGUCAUCUACCAGACAUCGCUGCUGGCAGUGUUGCCACGUCAGCUGAGCCAGCCACCGUCAAGGAGGCGCUUGCCUCGCCAGACUCUGAGGAGUGGCGCCAAGCCAUCCUGGACGAGUUUGCGGCAAUGCAGGCCAAUGACGUCUACGACGUCGUGCCUCGCGCUGACCUUCCCAAGGGCCACAAGCUGCUCCGCAGCAUGGUCAUCUUUCGGAAGAAGCGUGACGACCAGGGCAAGGUGAUCAAGUACAAGGCGCGCUGGGUUGCCAAGGGCUACUCCCAGGUCCAAGGUGUCAACUACACGGACACCUUUGCUCCGACGGCCACCAUCGCAGCCAUCCGCACCAUGCUCGCCAUGGCCGUCGCGCGUGGCAUGGACAUCCAGCAGAUGGACGUCAACACGGCGUUCCUCAACGCGCCCGUGGAUCACGAGAUCUACGUCCAGCCACCGGCCGUCGACGGCAUCUUCUCGCCGAAUACGGUCCUGCGCCUCAAGCGCGGGCUGUAUGGGCUGAAGCAGAGCCCGCGCCUGUGGAACCACACGCUGGACGCCUGGAUGCGCGAGCAGGACUUCGUCGCCACAGCCACGGACGCCUGCAUCUACCGCCGCACCUGCAAGGGUGGCAAGGUGAUGUGGGUUGCCGUCUACGUGGACGACCUCCUCAUCUUCGCCGACAGCGACAGCGACAUGGCCGCGUUCAAGAAGGCCAUCUCCAAGCGCUUCAAGAUGAAGGACCUGGGCAGCCCAGACAUUUGUCUCGGCAUCAAGGUGCAGCACGACCGCAAGGCCAGGACCGUCACCAUGAGCCAGGAGCACUACCUGCGCAGCGUGCUGGAGACCUUCGGCAUGGCUGACUGCAAGCCUGUCGGCACGCCGCUCUGCACAGGCUACGUCGACAAGCCAGCCGACAAGGAGGAGCCACUCCCGGACGUGCCGUUCCGCGAGCUGCUUGGCUCCCUCCUCUAUGCUGCGACGAUGACGCGCCCAGACAUCUCGGCGGCUGUCUCCAUCCUGUCUCGCCGUAUGCAGCACUUCGGCAUGGACCAUUGGAAGGCUGCCAAGCACCUUCUUCGCUACAUCAAGGGCACCUUGUCCUACAUCAUCAAGUACGCCGCCACUGGCGACACCAGCAACGGCAGCACUGCCGACGGCGUGCUCUCAGCGUACUCGGAUGCGUCGUUCGCCUCCGACGUUGACACGCGACGUUCCCGCACGGGCUUCGUCGUCUUCUGUUCCACGGGCCCCGUGUCCUGGAACUCCAAACUGCAGGCCACCGUGGCCACAGCCUCCGCCGACGCGGAGUACAUGGCUCUCGCAGCCACCGCACAGGAACUCAUGUUCCUUCGCCAACUCCAGGAGGAGCUCACCGGCGCCGUCCUGUGCGAGCCCACGCUCGUCCACACGGACAACCAGCCGGCGCAGCGCGUUGCCGAACACGCCGCCUCGCGCAUGCGGCACAUCCUCGUCAAGUACCACUACAUCCGCGAGUGCGUCGACACCAAGAGGAUUGUGCUGAGCUACCUCGCCACGGAGCACAUGAUCGCAGAUCUCCUCACGAAGAUCCUCCCUCGGCCCAAGACGGCUCAGUUCUGCACGAUGCUGUUCGACCAGCGUCCUCUGCCAGGCUGCCAGCCACGGGCCCGUCCUCAUUCGGGCCGGUCGCCACGUCCUUCGACUCCGCGUCAGGACCUCUGA